AGUCUCCCACACAUAAAACGAAGUGUAAGUUUUUUUAUUUAAUUAAAGGCUUUGUCUCUUUUAUUUAUUAUUUCACUCAUUUCUUCACGCUACCCCCAUCAGUCUUUCUGGUAUAAAAACCCCAACAGAAACCCUUCAUCAUCCAAACACAAAGCUCCAAUCUUUAGCCUUCUCUCUGUUUCUCUCUGUAACCAUGGAGACUCUGUACUUUCUUAAGUUCUGGAAACCCAAUCCUUCUCCCAUUGCAAUUCCCAGUCCUUUGGUAGAAACAGACAACGAAUUUGAGGUGGAAGAGGAGGAAGAGGAAGACUCGUUCUUCGAUUUGGAGAUUAGUACAGAAUCAAACACCAAAACCCACGAGGAAAGUUCGAAGCUUUACUCAAAAGAAGCCAAAACAGAACCAACCCUUUCUGUUCCUCCUCCUCCUUCUGAUCCAAUUUCCAAAAGGAAAAUCCUCCCAAUUGAACCCAUUUCCAAGCCUCAGUCCCCCAUUGCUCUACUCAAAUCAGCUCCAAAGUUUGGGGUGUCGAUUUUCAAAAAACCCAAAUCAGCUUCAACUAAGAAGACAGAGAAAACAGGGGAAACAGAGUCCAGCAUUUUGAUGGAGACCCAGAAGCAGAAAAAGCCAGAAGCCAUAAGCAAUGAAGCUUCAUGCCCUUCUAAGCUGACCAGGGACAACAGUUCGAGAAAAACUGGAAGGAUAUUGCAGAGCCAGAGCUCCGAUGAUUCGAAAACAGAGCGGUUUUCAAAGGAUGUGAUAAACAAGUACCUGAAGCUAAUCAAGCCUCUGUACUUGAAAGUUUCCAGGAGGUACAGUGACAAGGUGAAGGUUUCCGGCGACUUGCCGAUGGCAUCGCCGACGUCGUCGCCGGCGGUGUCUAUGUACUCCCCUAGGAAGGAGAGGCAGGGGAAUAUUCCUGCCGGGAUUCGAGUUGUUUGUAAGCAUCUUGGGAAGAGCAAGUCGGCCACGGCGGCGAUGGCGGUGGUGCCGCCGGUGAACCGGAGAGACGACUCGCUGGUGCUUCAAGCAGAUGGGAUUCAGAGCGCCAUUCUGCAUUGCAAGAGAUCAUUCAAUUCUAGAGAUUCUUCUUGCCUAUCAAGAUCAACAAGUUGGACUAGUUCGUCCAUGAACUCAUAUUCUAGUGAUUCUUCUAUGCUAUCACGGUUUGCGAUCGAAUCCCAUGAGAGAUCUGCGAGAAGCUCCAUAGAGGAAGAGCUAGCAUGCUUCUGAAAUUUGAUCAAGCUUUGUUUAUUUGGAUUCAAACGCGGGAAAAACAGAGCUUGGUGGCUCUGUUUCUUUUGUGCUCUGCUGUAAAAACAAAGAACAUAAAGGAAUUUUGAGGUUUUAGGAAAUGAAGCAUAGGGGUUGUUUUUGAGAUUUUAGGGUUUUAGCUUAAUGAUAACCAGUGAAUGCCAUUACGGUUUUUCACUUGUUGUUGUCUGUAAAGUGAUGGGUCAUUAUGAAAUCUUGAACAGACUCUCUGAUUCUAGUUUGUGUAUCAAUCAGAGUGUUGCUUUUAUGUUGCUUUUGAAUGAAUAUAUGAGAGAAGCAAAUCUUUUCAAAUCAA